AUGAAGAAGCUUUGCACUUGCGGGAAAAGGGUGGAUGAGCCCCACAGCCCCUGUUCACACCUGCGCAUAGACCCAGCCAGUACCGGAACCUCCGCCCAUGCGGGCUGCAACCUUCCAGAUAAGGAUUGAAAAAAACUUUAUAAAGCUGCCGCAGCUGGGGAUUUGGAGAAGGUGAAGGAGUACCUUCAGCUCAAGACUAACGACGUAAACAUUCAGGACAGAAAAUACAGAGUGCCUUUACACCUGGCCUGUGCUUAUGGACAUUCAAAUAUUGUAUCUCUCUUAAUUGAGAAACAAUGCAAAGUAAGUGUGUGGGAUAGUGAAAACAGAUCUCCAUUGGUUAAGGAUGGGUACACUCCACUUUUACUUGCCAUUACUGAAAAUAAUGCAGAAAUAGUAGAAUUUCUUCUGAAGAGAGGGGCAGAUGUAAAUGCUUUAGAUAAGAAUCAAAGAAAGGAGAAGAAAGUUAAAAAGACAUCUGAAGAUACAGCCUUGGGCACUACACUUGAUAUAGAACUGGAGGAAG